GGGGGCAGCAGUGCACUAACCGUGUCUACUCUGCUGCACAAAAAGCAGGAAGCAGACAGAGCCCCGUGUGCGGUUAGCUCGGAGCUAAAGCUAAAAACACUUUGUUAAAAUGUCCAAAGGCCAAACGCUGAGAGCUUUGGUGAAUGAGCGGCUGACUGCGGCUGCUGAAGAGAUCUUUGCGCUGUUUGAAAGAACGAUAGCGGAGUAUGAGGAGGAACUGUGUCGCUCCAAAGAGGAGAACCAGAGGAACCAGGACACUCCACAGACUCCACGGAUUAAAGAGGAGCCAGAGGAGAAGAGCGUCAAACAGGAGGAAGACACGCUCCCAGCACAGCUCCUAGUGAGUGUCCCAGAGUGCAGUGUUGUCUGUGUGAAGACAGAAGAGUCCUCACUGCUUCAUCAUAGACAAACUGAGCACAGAGAGGAAACACAGGGAGAGAACAAUGAUGACGACUGGAGAACUCCAUUCAGCUGUUCAGCUGCACAGAUGCAGACAGAGGCUGAUGGAGACCACUGCAACCAAGUCCAGAAAGGCCAAACGCUGAGAGCUUUGGUGAAUGAGCGGCUGACUGCAGCUGCUGAAGAGAUCUUUGCGCUGUUUGAAAGAACGAUAGCAGAGUAUGAGGAGGAACUGUGUCGCUCCAAAGAGGAGAACCAGAGGAACCAGGACACUCAGACUCCACGGAUUAAAGAGGAGCCAGAGGAGCUCAGCAUCAAACAGGAGGAAGACACGCUCCCAGCACAGCUCCCAGUCGGCGUCCCAGAGUCCAGUGCUGUCUGUGUGAAGACAGAAGAGUCCUCACUGUUUCAGCAUAGACAAACUGAGCACAGAGAAGAAACACAGGGAGAGGACAUCAGCACAGAGCCACAUUUACACUCAGAGACUGAGGGACACACGGAGCACUCCUCUGACACUGACAAUGAUGAAGACUGGAGAGCUCCAAUCAACUGUUCAGCUGCACAGAUGGAGACAGAGGCUGAUGGAGACCACUGCAACCAAGUCCAGAUCAGAGCUAGAAGCACCGCUGCACCAAACUCAGGUCUAUCCCCCAAAUACAAGUCUGCACCAGAGACCAGUGCCUCUGUGAACUAUGGAGACGUGUCAGGAACAGCCCAAGGAGCUGAGGACAAAAAAUAUGAAUGCCCUAUGUGUCAAAAGAGGUUUGACACUAUGCAGAAAUUACAAAGACACAUUAGAAUUCACUCAGGAGAGAGACCUUACAGCUGUUUAACUUGUAAGAAAACAUUCACCAAAAAGAGUCAUCUAGAUAGACAUUUAAAAGUACAUACAGGAGAGAGACCUUACAGCUGUUUAACCUGUAAGAAAACAUUUACCCAAAAAUCCAGUCUAGAUUACCAUGUAAUGUUACACACAGGAGAUAAACCAUUCAGCUGUUCAACAUGUGAGAAAACAUUUAUUCGAAAGGGUCUUCUAGAUCAACAUGUAAACAUACACACAGGAGAGAAACCAUACAGCUGUCCAACCUGCGAGAAAACAUUUACCCAUAAGUCUUUUCUAGGUGCACAUUUGAGAAUACACACAGGUGUACGACCUUACAGCUGUUCGUCAUGUGAGAAGACAUUUGCCACAAAGGCUACGCUAGAGAAACAUGUGAGAACACACACAGGAGAUAAACCUUUCAGCUGUUCAACAUGCGAGAAGACAUUUUCUCAAAGGGCUCAUCUACGUGAACAUGUAAAGAUACACACUGGUGAACGACCUCAUGGCUGUUCAGAGUGUGGGAAGACAUUUGCCUUAAAGUCUAAUCUAUAUAAACAUGAGAGAACACACACUGAUGAAAGACCUUACAGCUGUUGCAUUUGUAAUAAAGACUUUAAACAUAGACAGCAUUUGAAGAAACACAUGAGAACUCACAGAACAGAAAGUGACUGAAGGCUUAAGCCUUGGGGCCGCCUUUGCAUGGAGCAAUCGUGAAGGGGGGACAGGGACAUCUGCAGCCAGGGACCGUUUUCGUUACAAACAGCCCAAGUCGCUUUUGGGGCGUGACACAGGUCUAGCAAGCCACACCAAGACGUAGGCUUUAAAAAGACCAGUGUUACAGGAGCAUCAACACAGAUCAACAGUGGCACAACAGUGAGCUCACAGGGGGCGGGACUGGACACGUCUCCAUGCAGUCAAUGGAAAAAAAGGACGAUAAACGAUCAUCAUUAAGACUCCAAAAACAGAUAUAAACUAAUAGUCUCUCGCCAGACACUGUCUUGAUCUUGUGACAAACCACCGUAAUUCCAGUGAUGUGACUUCUAUGUUGAGCCGAUAUGCUUUACAAAACAGACCCGUCCAGCUGUUUUCUGUUUAUCAAAGCCCGCCACUCCCGUCAAAAUAAAAAAAAUAAUAAUAAUGCAACUAGCUCUAACAAACCCCAGUGCAUGAAAUAAAGAGGAGUUAAAACGCGGUGUAGAGGAGCAGAUACAUUAAAUAAACACAAAAAACUGACAAUAAACUGGAAUGAGUUUAGUGUUUAUGCUAGCUUUAAUCUCUUCUCAUAGCACCACAAACUUGGAAUACUAAAUGUCUUUUUGUGAUUCGCUGAGAUCAGCCUUAUGAGAGUAUAAUUCAGGUACCAUUUAAGAGUUAACAUCUGUAAUGUUGAGGUGACGUCAGUUCUCGUGGCAGUGCUGUACAAAUAAACUUGCCUUGCCUUAUAUUCUUCUUUAUUGAUAUAAAAAAAUGUAACAAUUAUUUCUGUUUCUUCCAUUUUUUUAAUAAAAUGUUUUUGAGU